UUUCACUCAGCAAUCUGGACUAACCAGGAUAAUCCUCAAUCCAAGCGCCACGGGCUGUAGUCAUUUGGAAGCACAGAAUUACACAUGAGCUGAUUUCUUUAAACGUUAAGGAGCUCGACCUGUCCUCAUAUAUUUUGACAGGAACUUCAAAAUCGUCAAUUCUAAUUUAUCACAAGGCCGUGACUCAUUUUAUUUUUUUAUGUUUUCAUUCAUCGGGAUAUCUUUUUGAACUCUGCUUGACGCCAGGGGAGGGAAAAAAAUCCCCCAUUUGGAUUUUUUUAUUUUUGUCAUCCUCCAAUUGGAUUUGGUGUCCACGUCGAAACACUGAGGAUAAUGAAAUCUACCUGUCUGAGUGAGGAACUUCUGAGAUAAGUUGCGACAAUACUUCCGACGGCCUUUGUUUGUUGAACGACAUUUGCAAUCACUAACGAUGAACUAUAAUGUGCAAACUCGGAAGAUUUAAAGGCUUUUAAGUCGGAAAGUUACAAGAUUUCAUUUGUACAAAUUGAAUACGGAGAAAAGGAGGGCGAAGAGAAGGUUUUGUGAAGAGCGUUCUCUAGAGCAUGUGAUUGUCACGCAUACAUCAUCCAGCCAGUGGUGGAAUGAGUCAGAGAGGAGGAAGUCACAGGGGUUGGCAAAUAAACAGCCUGUCAGUCGGUAGAGUGGUGACACGGUGGUGUCUGACGGUGCCCACAGGCUCUGUGAUGUUGUUCUGCUCUCACCAAGUGGCUCAGCUCUCAGUAGCUGGCCAGAAAUGAACAGGUGUGAGGGGGAGGGGCCAUGCAAAGAGAGGAACAGAGGAGAGGAGGGAAGUUAUUUUGCUAGAGCUGUUUGUCUGUGGUCCAUAGGAACCCUCCUCUAUGACACACAUCCCCAAUUUCUUUGGCAGCCACCUAAAAUAUACAUGAAUUGUGUUGACAUGUUUGCAUUCUGCUGAGACCGCCUGGAAACGACAGCUUACCCCGAGGAACAGCUAUGACUUUCCAUUUGCAAUCGAUCUUUCCUGUUCUGGCCCAGGAAGCAGACUUGGCCCUCUUUCGCUGUGAGGAGGGAGUGGAGACGGCGCUGCAGUACGCCAAGAUGUGGUGCCGCUAUGCCAAGGACCUUCUUGCCUGGAUGGAGAAGAGAAUCAGCCUGGAGCAAGAAUUUGCAAAAAAUGUGAUGAAGGCAGCUGAAGGAGCAAAGGUAACCGUGGUACAACAGGAAAUGAUGCCACUACAGUACAUCUACACCAUGGCUUUGGAACAAGACAUGAAGAACAGUGUGACCUCUAAAAAGACUUCGGAACUCCUGCACAACCGAUGCUACCAGGCUUUGUCAGACAAGAGGACUGAGAUCGAUAAGUGGCGCAGAGAGUUUAAAGAGCAGUGGGCAAGGGCGCAAAGAAAGAUGCACGAUGCAGUAACAGCUCUUAAAAAGGCCAAGCAUCAAUACUUCCAGCGCUGUGAUGAGCUGGAAAAGGCGAAAGCAGUCUCAGCGAAAGCUGUGGACGACACAGUUGGAGUAAAAACACUCGAUAAGAGAAGAAAGUCCAAGGAUGAAGCCCAGUCAAAGGUAUCAGAGACAGAACUUUUCUACAGACAGUGUGUGAGCGACGCCAAGUUCACCCAAGAUGAAUUAGUGAAGGCCAAAGAACGAAUCAUUACUCACAUUCGCAAACUGAUUUGUCAAGGAGACAAUUUGCUCAAGGAGGUCACAGUCAACAUGUUCUACUACCAGCGGCAGCAGACAGAGGCCAUGCCUCUCGGUUAUCAAAACCUUGAGCUGACUUGCAGAAAUGUGGAGCCCGGAGAACCCUAUCUGCUUUACAUCCUCAGCAAGCGUCGCCCUAAGCAAGUUCUCCAGACCUUCACCUUUCAGGACUACAUUCCUCAGGGUAAAAGCAACAAAAGAAAAACCAGCAACGUUCUCAGCCCUGUGCCCGACUCUAUACCCAUGAUAGAGGAUAGUCCUUACAAACGAUCCAUUGAUGGCAGGAGAUCGUUGCACAGUGACAGUGAGAGCAUUGGAGGCAGUUUGGAAUCCCUUUCGAGCCCUGCUCACAGGAGACUGCCAAAAACAGGAUCUACUCUGACGGUGUCGUCAGACGAUCUGGAUGAGCGGGACGUGGUGUCAGAAUUGGAGUACGCUGAUGGCCAUUCUGUAAAAACAAAAAUGUUUUCUCGAGCUGCACUGACUCAUCGGCUCAAAAAAACAAAAAGCAAGAUGGUUAAAUGCAAACAGUGCGAAAACUAUAUUGUUGUCAGUGGGGUUGAAUGUGAGGAGUGUGGGCUGGCUUUCCACAGGAAGUGUAUGGAGGUGUGUCAGCUAGAGUGUGAGCAAAAGAAAGGCACGGUGUUUGGAGUAGACCUCUCUGUGAUUUUACAAGACAGGCCAGACGAGGUCCCAUUUGUUGUCCGAUGCUGCACGUCUGAGAUUGAAAGCCGUGCUCUCUCUGUUCAGGGGGUGUAUCGCGUGAGUGGAUCCAAGCCUCGCAUUCAGAAGCUCUGCCAGUCCUUUGAGACACAAAAGGACCAGGUGGACCUCUCCGAUCUCUCGCCACAUGACAUCACCUCUAUCCUUAAGCACUUCCUAAAGGAGCUUCCAGAGCCUCUAUUAACCUUUGACCUGUACAAUGGAUUCAUCGGGGUGGGAAAGACCAUUCAGCACCUAAGUGAAAAGGACACCUCACCAGACCCCAACGACUUAGAGGAUAUUAUCCACAAACUACAAAUGCUACUGAAAAAGCUUCCUUCACAGUACUACAACACUUUGCAGCAUCUUAUUUCUCAUCUGCAAAAGGUUUCAGAGAACUACGAUAACAAGAUGUCCCCUAGCAAUCUGGGUAUUGUUUUUGGACCCACGUUAUUGCGCCCUCUGGUGUCUACGGACAUGUCAAUGAUUGCUCUUCUGGAGACAAGCUACCAGUCCGUGCUUGUGGAGUUCCUCAUCACACAUCAUGACAGGAUCUUUGGCAUGGAGCGGAGCAUAAGUACACCCCCUCCCCCAGCCCCCACAGCACCUCUCCCAGAAACACCUCCCAGAGCUUCCUGUGCCCUGGACGAAGACGACGCGGACCUGGAACUUGACACUUCCUCCAGAGAGCGUCCACGGUCUCUAGAGAGCCAAGUUAUCAAGAGAGACUCAAGCGAGGGUUAUAUAUCUGACAAGUCUUCAUCCAAUGAGGCAGUGGACCAGCUCGGCCCAGAUGCCAGUGAGAGAGCAGUCCUGGUUAUGAGAGCAACAUCAAGUGAUCCUCAAGGUAAAGCUGCAGAGAAAGCUUCCUCUGAUUCAGGCACACAACCACAUCACCGUCUUACCAGGCAGCAUGUGAAGUAUCACCGGUAUCAUAACGCGGGGACCCGAUUCUCUAACACAGACUGUGCAACAAGACAGCCAGCAACCCCUAAGCGGGCCAAUCACCGGAGUGGAGACAACAGCUGCACCUCCUCUCCAGAGCUCGGAUCACAGAGAUUUCUACAAAACUCGGAAGACCGCUGUGAGAUUAUCCAGCAGCCCCACCAGGUUACCACUACAGCAGAGGGUCAGGUGGAUGUUCCACUGAGCCCUCGAGAGGUUGUGCAGUACAUGCUAGGAGUGGACUCCACAGUUACAUCCCCGGCAGCUGCAGUUUCAUCCGGUACAACAGAGAGGUCCACUCAAGAGGUGACAAGGUGGAGUCAAGCUGAUCACAAUGUAAAUUUCAGCAAUAACCAACACAGCGUUGGACAGAAUCGCAUUCAUUAUCCAUGUCCGAAAGCCGUCUCUGCAGAGCACAACGUGACCUCCCCAGCCCAGAAGAUCCUGUCUACUCUGAAGCUGAGACGCACCCACUCAGAGAAAGAGGAGCAGCUCUUUGUUUGAGGAAAAUUCACCCGUUUAGACACCAUAAUCGUUUAUGUACACUGAAGGACUGCACUUAUUUUACACUGUGUGUAAAAAAACAGUGACUAAAACAGUAAAAGGUGACUACAUUCAUGUAGUUCUAUAUAAAAAAAUUUUUCCCAUAUACUGUUUCUUAUUUACUUUUAUUCCUCCUACUUUAGCAAGUUUAAAUUGUCAAUACUUGGUACAUUUAGAAAAGUUUAGUACUUCAAACUUUCAAACCGUCAAAAUACAUUAAAUAAAUCAGGGUCCGUGCUUACCCGGGCGUCUUAACCUCUAAAUCACCUUCUUUUAGCUGUCAAACUUCCAGCUGGAUAAUGCAGCAGCCAGACAGUACAUGUAUUUUCUCCGUUGAUUAUUCAGUAUUUGAAUGUAACAUGCAGGUGCUUGCAAUUUAAAAAUGACAAACCAGCACAAAAGCAUCAUGUUUUGUCAUAUGAAGACUGUAAAUGUUUGUUUUUUGACUGUAAAAAGUUGGUUUUCUAUUUGUUUUCUAUUCAAUAUUUUAGUUUCCAGCGUAACAUUGUCUACAUAAAUAGAAAUAGGCUUUAUCAGUGUCAUAUUGUUUUAUAUUUUCUGUUUUGGUUUAUGACCAAUGCACCUUUCUUCUUUAGACACAAGGGGGCGAUAGUUCGGUUUAGGAUAAAACCAUGUCAGAAACAACAGCACAAGGGCAAUAAAACCUUUUUAUUAUUUGCA